AUUCCUACAAUAACAAAGUUGAAGAAACAGCUAAGUAAACUAAUAUUGGACAUGGAUUCAGCUAGAUACAGACAUCAAACUGCCGUAAGACAUAUGCAACAGACAACUGGCAGUAAUGUUGCCCCUGCCAUUGCAAAAUCAGAUGUACUGAAAGCAGAGUUAGAAGAAGCCUCUUUGAAAGUUGACCAGUGUAGGGACGCCCUCACGAUCGAGAUGUUGACUAUAGUGACUAAAGAAGUUGAGUUUGCCCAGUUGUUUGUUGAUUGGUAUCAACUCCAGGCUGAUUACCACAAGAGGGUAUCACAGAUUCUGGAAGAAACUAUUCCCGACUUAAAAACUGAAAUCAAAGAUUAUGUUUUCAGACCUGUGUACGGAACUCCUUUAGAGGAACAUCUACGAAUUACAAACCGCCAGAUUGCUUUUGUUGUGGAGCAGUGUGUGUGUGGUUUACUAUCAAUGGGAAUGAAGGAAGAGGGCUUGUUUCGAAUAGCAGGCAGUGCAGCCAAAGCCAAGAAACUUAAGACUGCCUUUGAUGCUCAUUUAGUUGACGAUGUGUUGGAAUAUACCAAAGACUCGCAUGUACUAGCAGGAGCCUUGAAGUCCUACUUACGAGAACUACCAGAGCCUUUGCUAACGUACAACCUGUAUCCAGAAUGGAUAGAGGCUGUCAGAAUAACCUCUCCACAGGCCAGACUCCAAGCUCUAUGGCAGGUGGUUCAGAAAUUACCAAAAGCAAACUUUGAUAACUUAAGGUACCUGAUUAAGUUCUUAUCCAAGCUGGCAUCGACUUCAGAUGUUAAUAGAAUGACCCCACAGAACAUAGCUAUUGUCAUGGCACCAAACUUGAUAUGGGUUCCUGAUGAGUUUCAGCACUUUAGCAUGAACAUGACAGCGGCAAACAAUCAUAGUGCUAUAGUGGACACUUUAGUAACUUAUGCUGAUUGGUUUUUUCAAGAAGAAGUUGAGUUUAUAUUGACAUCACCGUCAGUCCCUGUUACCCCAACCCUGGCUGAAAAAUCUAUACACUCGACUGAAAAGCAAGUCAUCAAUGGAGAGUCCUGUGGUAAUACAACUGAACAGAGUCAAAACACUAGUCCUACGUCCGUCAGCUUAAGAUCACUUUUUCGACCAACAAAACGACAAAGUAACCAGAUGGUAAAAGCUGGCCUAGAUAAGUUCAAUAAGGAUAGAGUGCAAGGCCCUAGUCAAGAAAGACCCUUGUUUAUACCAAAAUUGGAAAGAACACUUUCUGUUACUGAAGAACAACUAAUGAAAUCCAUCAGAGACAACAGACCUGCAUCAACACUACCUAAGGACAUUGUGUGGGUUUCAAGCAAGUCCAAUUCCAUUAUUAAACGGGGAUCCCAUGGCAGUUUGAGAAGUCUCGUUUCAGACAAACGUCCAUCCUUAAAUGAAGAGGAAGGACAAACAUUUUCAUCUGUUUACCAGUUCGGUUCACAUCAACAGGUUGUCACAACUCGCCCACCUAAACUACCAGCACAUGCUCGCAUAGAUAAAUUUAAAUGUCCAUCACCAGGAGUUCCAAAUAGAAGUCGAUUAGAUCGACCAUCUGUGCCACCACCAGAAAUACCAGACACAUCAGAAGUGAAAAAGUCUGUAAAAACUACAGAAGAAUACAAAACAUACAAUUUAUCAGAUAAUGCAGACAAUAAAAGUAUUGACAUAAACGAUAUCACAUUAACACUAACAGAAGAUAACAUAAGUACCCUUUCUGUAAAGGAUAGUCCUGAGGCGUUGAUAUCCUUUGCUGAUAGUUCGGAUGAAGACGACUUUAAUUUUACUUCUCAAACACAAGUCAAAAGUCUUUCAAAUCAGGUUACAAAGCUGCCCACUGCAAGAAAUUCUGAAGCAAACAUGCUCACCCAGUUCUGGCUGUAUGAUGAUAAGGUUCAAACAGAUCUCCAGGGAAGAAGAUACAGUUCUCCAGGAAAUCGAUCUUUGUCCGUGUUCUACGAUACCUCCCAAAGCUUAAGUUCUGCAUCUUUGGAAGAUCUCUCCUCAUUUACUACAGCUAAUACAGACACACUUGAAAACAUCACACCAAUAAGACCCCUUAUUUAUGGAGAACCUCCACCACCUGAUAAAUACAGAAGCAAUUCAGUUACUGAAGAAACUCGUCUAUAAAGAAAACAAAAUUCAUAACUUUACCAGUCGUAUCGGGUGCGUUUUAUAUGUGUUUUCAAACUUCAGUUAAUCUGAUAACUUGCUAACUUUAGAUCCUAAACUUUACUCUUUUGUGUAAUUGGUAAUCGGCAAAGCUUUAAAGUUUGUAAAAAAAAAUAAUCUAUAACCUAAAUCAUUACCUUAAUCCGAUAUUCCCGUGUACAAUAUUAAAAUAAUAACUUAAGUAGUGAAUUUAAAAUGUUGUAAAAAUUACCGUUAGCAAUGUUUUAUUAUCAAAUUGUUCAGUUAGCACGUGAGAUGUGUAGUUGUUCUUAUUUUAAAUUUUUCAGGAAGUUCAACAUUAAUUACCAUUUAUUUUUGUUGAAGAUCCAAACAUUACUUUCAUUAUAAACACUAUAACUUUGUUUGUAUCUUUAGCGAUGAUUUAAAAUAUGAAGUGAUCCAUAAAACUUCUGUGUAAUUGACUCUACCUGGCUGCAGUGUAAGAACACGUUUAUUAGAGUAUUAGAUAUUUAUACAAAACAGAACCGAUUUGCAGUCGGAUUCAUACAUUAGAAUAAAUAGUUCCUAAUUAACAAAUUUUUUUGUAUCUUUAGUGAUGCUUUAAAAUAUAAUGUGAACCAUAAAAAUGGCAUAUUAAUCUUUAAUUAUUUUUUUUCUUGAGUCUCUUUUCGGUAAUAAUUUGUGUGAAUUUACUGUUUUAAACCUGAUGUUACUCAUGACACAACUGUAACAUAUCCCUUCAAACAAAUCUUCCCAAUCAAGUGCUUCUGACUUCCUCCCAAUGUGCAUACUGCAACAUUGUUUUUUUUUUUUCUGUGUGUGUACUGUAUUUCAGCUUAGUCAACAUGAUAAAUGGUUCUUCAUGCAUCUGUUUGAGCUGGAAAGUUAACAAGUUCAAGAUGACUGGUUCGUCACUAUAUAGAUACUACAAUUAAAAAAAAGUGUCAUUUUUCAUAACAAUGCUUAGGAAUUAUUACACAAGUAACGGUGCUUUAAAACCUCUAGUCUUAGUGCAUUAGUUGUCUAGCAGAGUAUUUGAUGUGUGUAUGUUUAUAUAUAUUAUACAUAUACUGAAACUGGUUUUGUUGUUUUUCAUUUAGUGUUCCUAGAUGUGUAUAAUAAUGAUAAUAAUAUGUCCAUAAUGAUGAGUAAGCUUCAGUGUAUUACUAAUAUUUUUGGAUAUAUAUAUAUAUAUAUAUAUUUAGGUUCUAGUAGAUUCAUUUUAUGCGAUAAACUUGUUAACAUUAAGGCAACAUGUUCGUAGACAGGAUUGGCUAUUGAGGCAAAUAAGCCUUUUAUGUAAUGUUGUUUUGACACUUACACUGACAGUGUCUUGUAAAACAAAUUAAUACAGCAUAAAAUGAGUAGAAGCUUAAAACUUACUAAGUACAACAGUGUCAUAUUUUAAGUUUUUAAUUAUACAUAUUUGUAUUUUUGUAACUGUCUUGUUAAGAUUAGAAACUUUUAAAAGAGAUUGUGUGUUUUAAGAGUACAGUUAUGUUGUACUUCAUAGAAAGUUUUUCAAGAUUUAUACAUAUGUGUAGAUGUGCUAAGAAAUAUAUAAUCUGUAAGUCACAGCUCUUUAGUCAGUAAGUGGGUAUUAUAUAAAAAAAAUUGUACUGAGCCUCACAUGUACGUGUUUCUAUCAUAUUUGUAUUUUUUUUUCCUAGUUUAUCAGGAGUUCAACCAAGUCAACUAUAGAAAAACAAGUGUUUUGUUUAUUUUUUUGUCACCAGUAAUACUCAUGUUCAUUCUCUUUGUUUUCAUGGAAUAUUUCAAACAUUGUUGUUUAUUGCAUGCUAAAGAAAUAAUUGAAACACUAACACUUCUUACGAUUACCAUUAACAUUUAGGAUUUAGCAACAGUUAUGAAUUUAAGUGCCUUCCGUCUUAGGUGAUGUUGUCUGCUUCAUUUGUUACUUUACAUUCUCUGCUUUCUGUGAUAAAUAUUAUUUCUAAAGCAUGAUUUUGAUGUGGAGUAUGGUAUGUUUAAUAAUUUUAUUUGCAUAUAAAAAGUGUUAAAAGGGAUGUUUCAACAAGGGUAUGUGACAUCUUAUAUGACUAGGUAGGCAGUGAUAUAACUGCAAGUUUAAUUUUCAGGCCAAUUUCAAAUUUAGUUUGUUUAUACUUGAUUAGCCACAUAUACUUAUAAAACUAAAAAAAAAA